AUAUUAUGACAUGAAUUCUCAACAUUUUGUGAUAAGGUUUCGACAAUUGUAUGAUUUCCAGCAAAAAUUUUUACUCAAACGUUUCUUACGUCUUACACAGAAAAGACUAGGAAAGACUUCUUGUGUUCUUAAUCUGCCAUUUUUGCUGUAACUCAUAGAUAUACACAGGGAACCAGCUAAUAUUUUAAUGGCACUAGUGCGCUCUACUGGCCGGCAAUAGAACGUGUGAGAAUCAGACACGUUUGACACUUAUUCUUAGGCGUACCUUAGACACAAUAUACUAAUAACUUAAAAUGUCAUUUACAAAGUGAGGUUUGAAGUAAUACAAAAACAAAGUGAGAAGUUAAAUGAAGUUAUAAAGGGUUAAAUCAUUAAAAUGUAGUAGUAAUGUUUUGUGAUUAUGCAGCUGAUUUGUUAUUAUUCUUAAUAGGUACGACAUUAUUAGGGUCAAAGUAAGAAAUUAGUGUGUUGAGGAUGUUUGUGAUUCAAUAAUAGCAACCGAAUAACCAACUUAACACAGCUUGGAAAAGACAUCACUUUAAAAUACCUUUUCGGAUUAAAAAACAUAAAACAUAGAAGCAUGUCAGCAGAAGCAGAGACAAAUGAUGUAGAACCUGGGGCAGCCCCUGAAAGCAUGCUUAUCAUUUCAGAAUCUUCUGAAAAUUUACAGAAUAUGAGUUCCAGUUUAGAUGAAAUUAAAAAAAUGCAGCCAGAUAAUCAAGACGAAAACAUAAAUAACGUAGACCCAGACGACUAUGAUGAUAUCAGCUGCAACACUAUUGCAACUGGAGAUGAUUAUAUAAAAGAUAAUGACUGGUUGGGAAAAAGUAAACACAUUUUUGUUUUAAGUUCAGCUGGAAAACCUAUAUAUUCGCGAUAUGGCAAUGAAGAUAAAUUUGCAAGCUAUUUUGGAGUUAUGCAAGCAUUAGUCAGUUUUGUUCAAGCUGAUAAUGAUUCUCUAAAAAGCAUACAUGUUGGAAACACUAAGUUUGUUUUUCUUUUCAAGGAACCUCUCAUUCUGGUUUCUAUUUCAAAGACUGGUGAGAGUGUCAGUCAGCUAACUGCACAAUUAAAUUAUGUAUUUAAUGAGAUAGUGAGCAUGUUGACACUAAGCAGAUUGUCCCAAAUAUAUCAACAAAGAAGAAAUUAUGAUUUAAGGAGGCUUCUUGCUGGUGUAGAGCGACUUAUUGAUUCUCUUUUAGACUUUUCUGAUUCAGAACCUUCAUUUACUUUAGGAGCAGUUAAAUGUCUACCUUUGGCAGCGUCAAUAAGAGAUACAAUUAGUUCUGCAAUUGUGCAGUCAUGCAGUAAAAUAAAAGACUUGGUCUUUGCCAUUUUAUUAGCCAACAAUAAUUUGAUUACUUUAGUACGAAUGAAAAAGUACUACAUUCAUCCAGCUGACUUGCAUUUAAUUUUUAAUUUAGUUCGAGCCUCAGAAAGUUUAAAAUCGGCCGAGAGUUGGACACCGCUGUGUUUACCCCGGUUCGAUUCUGGUGGUUUCCUUUAUGGUCACGUGUCAUAUCUUUCUGAAGAUUGUCAGGCGUGCCUAUUAUUAUUGACUGUUGACCGUGAAGCAUUUUUCACAUUAAGUGAAGCCAAACAAAAAAUCGUUGAGAAAUUACGUCGCGCUAACUGCCUCGAAGGGAUUAACGAGUCCCUGAAUGUUCGCGAAGAAACUUGUGCUGAAACGGGAUUCCCCGAGUUACGACAUUACUUAUACAAAUGCAAAUCUACCGCGCAGUUCUAUCAGCCGGGUGUGGGGGCUCCAUACAUGUCUGAUUACGGACGACUACUGACUUUAUACAGACGAGCACAUCAAAGAUUACAUUCGACUUCGAGACCGUUGAAAUUGCUCUACGAGAAGAGCUCCGACGAAGUGCUGCUUGCGUGGGAUACAAAGGGUUUUGAACUGUACGUGGUACUCGAACCAUCAACUGAUAAGAGUGCAACUAUUGCGUUAAUUGGAAAACUGUUAACAUGGAUCAAGAAACAGGAAGAUCGACUGUUUCAUUUGAAUGCUCCAACGUUUUAAGGCAGACUGUUGAGUAUAAUUCGAAAUAAUGUAAAUAUGUAAAAAAAAAACGAACGAUAUUAGUGACUGAUUAUCAAAUAAAGCUGUUCACAUUCUGUUUAUAGGAAA